AUGAGCGAUAUAUCACCCACGAGCAGCAGUGUGGAUUUGACCAAAGCGGCAAAGGAGCAAAACAUCGAUAUUUCGAAGCUAACAGCGCAAGAAUUGAAGCUCUACAAGAUGUAUGGUCGAUUACCGUCGAAGAAGGACUUAUUUAAACAUAAGAUGCAGGAAAGAAAGUAUUUUGAUAGUGGAGAUUAUGCUCUGCGCAAAGCCGGGGUAAUUCAGUCUGAGGGUACAAGCAAUAAUAAUCUGCCCGUUACGAACCCUGGAGGCUUGAGAGAAUCGAUAAUACGGAGGCGGAUGAGUAGCAGCGGCGGCGACUCUGUAUCGAGGCAAGGCAGCAUUUCGAGCGGUCCGCCUCCGAGGUCUCCAAACAAGUAG